GUCGGAGCGAGCCAAGGGAGCCAUGUCGGGCAGCAGGAUCCGGUGAGCCUCAGGGCAAAGCAAGAGCAAGCGCUGGUGAGAGUCUUGGAAGUUGGAGGCAGGAGCGGCGACUCGGCGACCGCUGUUGUUGAGCGUCAGCGGACUGGUGAUUGGCUGAAACCGCAAAAGAUUUUUGCAAAGAGAAGCAGCAACCGCCACUGGCAGCUGUGUACAUAAAGAGAUAAGUGUGGAAUCCAAGAUAAUAACCAUUCCUAUCUUCUUUUCAAUACCUUUGAUUUAUUUCGUUUGAUAUUGUUGGCGGUGUGAUAGCAGCAGAAGCGUCGAAAUCAACAAAGGAUCUGACGUACGAGCGGCCGCCCCCACCUAACGGAGACCAAAAUCCCAACUUCGACUUUUUUCCUCUCCUCGCCCAACACCACCCUCCCUUUGAAAAUCAUACUUAGCAGCAUCCAACAUGGUUUCUGCAUCCAAAGCCGCCCGUGACGCAAAGCGCGCCGAGACCGGCAAGGCUCCCAAGAAGACUCUUGCUCAGAAGAAGGCCGAGAAGUCGGGCACCAGCACCCCUCUGAUCGAUGCCGACGGCCAGGAGCUCGACGCCGAAGGUGUCAAGGCCAUGGAGAGAAUCAAGAAGCUUGAACUCCAGGAGGACGACGACGGUAUCUCGGACAGAGUCACAACUGGUGUUCUUGCAUCGCAGGAGGCCAGCAGAGACGUCAAGAUCACCUCCGCCUCGCUCGUCUUCCACGGAAAGGUCCUGUUCAACGACACCACCAUCGAAGUCAACUACGGCCGUCGUUACGGUCUGUUGGGUGAGAACGGUUGCGGAAAGUCGACCCUUCUCAAGGCCAUCAACGCCCGCGAAUUCCCCUUCCCCGACCACAUCGACAUCUACCUUCUGAACGAGGGUGCUCCUCUCACCGACCUUGGCGCCCUUGAGUGGGUCGUCAGACAGGCCGAGGAGGAACUCGCCCGUCUCGAGAAGCUCGUCGAGACCAUCCUCGAGGAGCACGGUCCCGAGGACCCCAGACUUGAGGAGAUCUACGAGCGCAUGGACGGCAUGGACCCCUCCACCUUCCAGACUCGUGCAUCCCUCAUCCUGACUGGUCUCGGUUUCAACAAGAAGACCAUCCACAAGAAGACCAGAGACAUGUCUGGUGGUUGGCGUAUGCGUGUCGCCUUGGCCAAGGCUCUCUUCGUCAAGCCCUCGCUCUUGUUGCUCGACGACCCCACUGCCCAUUUGGAUCUCGAGGCCUGUGUGUGGCUCGAGGAGUACAUGAAGAAGUGGGACCGCACCCUCAUCCUCGUCUCUCACUCUAUGGAUUUCUUGAACGGUGUCUGCACAACCAUGAUCGACAUGCGUCAGAAGCAACUUCUCUACUACGGAGGUAACUACGACUCAUACGCCAAGACCAGAACCGAGCAGGAGGUCAACCAGCAGAAGGCAUACGAGAAGCAGCAGGACGAAAUCAAGCACAUCAAGAAGUUCAUCGCUUCCGCCGGUACCUACGCCAACUUGGUGCGUCAGGCCAAGUCGCGCCAGAAGAUUCUCGACAAGAUGGAGGCCGAUGGCUUCAUCCAGCCCGUCCACCAGGACAGAGUCUUCUCCUUCCGCUUCGCCGAUGUCGAGAAGCUCCCUCCUCCCGUCCUGUCGCUCGACGACGUCACCUUCUCCUACUCUGGCAACACCGAGGACAACCUGUACGAGCACCUCGACUUCGGUGUCGACAUGGACUCGCGUACCGCCCUUGUCGGCCCCAACGGUGUUGGCAAGUCUACUCUCCUCAACAUCUUCACUGGCAAGCUCAGACCCACCAGCGGUGUUGUCUCUCGUCACACCCACUUGAAGCUCGGUGUCUACUCGCAGCACUCUGCUGAGCAGCUCAUCCUGACCAAGUCUUCCCUCGACUUCGUCCGCGACAAGUUCCCCCACGUUUCCCAGGAUCUCCAGUACUGGAGACAGCAGCUCGGCAAGUACGGUCUCACCGGUGAGGCCCAAACCGCCCUCAUGGGUACCCUUUCCGAAGGACAGAAGAGCAGAAUCGUCUUCGCUCUCUUGGCCAUUGAGUCGCCCAACAUGAUCUUGUUGGACGAGCCUACCAACGGUCUCGAUAUCCCCACCAUUGACUCGCUUGCCGAUGCCAUCAACGCCUUCUCCGGUGGUGUCGUCGUCGUUUCUCACGACUUCAGACUCCUCGACAAGAUUGCCAAGGACAUCAUGGUCUGCGAGCACAAGACCGUUAGACGAUGGGAGGGCAGCAUCGGCGAGUACAAGAACUACUUGCGCAAGAAGAUGUUGGCCAGCAACUCUGUCUAAGGUGGUGCAUGACAGUUUUUCUCUACGAUCAAAAAGAAAGAUACCCGACCCGGUGUUGGUUUACCUCGUCACGAAUGUUUUGAUGCCAAAGAUAUGGGGAAGACUGAUGAGGUGGUGGGAAAGGGGGAUUAUACGGACUCGCAACAUAGAGUGUGUUUGUCAUGGACAUCUUUGUCCGUCGGGCCUUUUUUUCCUGCCGAAAAAGCAUAGAAGAUUGUUUACUACAUCCCGUCAAGGCUUCCUAGUGGGCAUUUUUCAAGGCGUGGAUCUAGUUAUAGAAACAAUGGAUAGGCGU